AGAACCCAGCAGCUGAUUCUUCUUAUAUUUAUUUCAUUUUAUUAUCCCCAUUGGAUUUCCCCCUUUCUUUUUUUCCCCUCACUUCCAUUUUUCUUGAAUGGAAUCCAUUCAGUUUCUUCUUCCUCCUUCUUCAUCACCAUGAAAUUCUAUAUCUCCACCACCGGCAUUAAGCGGCUCACUAUUUCCAACUCCAACUCCGCCGCCGCUCUCAAGCCUUCUCCGCCUUCCUCCACGGCGUCUCUUCGCAGAAUCUCCACUCGCUCUGUUUUCCCUCUCCUCCUCACUCUCGCUAUUCUUCUCCCUUUCCUUUUCCUUCGAUUCGCUUUCUUGCUACUCGAAUCUGCCGCCGCUUGUUCUUCCUCUCUCGAUUGCUCUCGAUGGACGCUUUUCCCCGAAAAUCACGACGCGUCUUCGAGACUGAGCGAGGAAUUGUCAAGAGCAAUUGUGGAUUCAAAAGAAAGUGGAUCUGUGGGGAUUGAAGAGGGAGUGGCAUCCUUCAACGAGCUUGUCAAAGAUAUGAUCUCUAAACGACAAGAUAUAAGGGCCUUUGCAUUAAAGACUAAAGCUAUGCUACACACUAUGGAACAAAAAGUUAAAUCUGCAAGAAAUCGUGAAUCUGUGUAUUGGUAUUUAGCUUCACAUGGUGUUCCAAAGGGCCUUCAUUGUCUUUCUCUUAAACUUGCUGAAGAGUAUGCUGUAAAUGCCAAAGCUCGAGCUCGUUUGCCACAGCCUGAGUAUGUUUCUCGACUUACCGACCCCUUAUUUCGUCACGUUGUUCUCUUAACGGAUAAUGUCCUCGCUGCCUCUGUUGUCGUCUCUUCUGCUAUUCGGAAUUCGGUUGAUCCUCAUAAAUUGGUGUUUCACAUUGUCACUGACAAGAAAACAUACACGCCAAUGCACGCCUGGUUUGCAACUAAUUCGGUUGAUGAUUCGGUUGUGGUGGAAGUUAAGGGAUUGCAUCAAUUUGACUGGUCUGAGGAUGUCAACAACAGAGUUAAAGAUAUGUUGGAGAUUCAUCGGUUGAUCUGGAAGCGUUACUAUAAUGAUUUCAAAGGAGCUAACUUUGACUUUGAUGAAGAUAAAAGAAAAUUAGAUGUUCUCCGCCCCAGCAGUCUCUCCCUCUUGAAUCACCUCCACAUUUAUGUUCCCGAGCUGUUUCCAGAUCUCAAAAAGAUCGUCUUCCUGGAUGACGACAUUGUGGUACAACAUGAUAUUUCCUCUUUGUCGGACAUAAACCUUGGUGGGAAUGUUGUUGGUGCUGUCCUUGAUUCUUGGUGUGGAGAUGGCUGUUGUUCAGGAAGGAAAUACAGCCACUACCUGAAUUUCUCCCAUCCUUUGAUAUCAUCCAACUUUGAUCCCAAUCGCUGCGCGUGGCUCUACGGCGUGAACGUUUUCAAUCUUGAAGCAUGGAGAAAAUCCAACAUCACAUCUACAUAUCACCAAUGGCUGAAACAUAACCUCAAUUCUGGAUUGGCAUUGUGGCUUCCAGGGGAACUUGCUCCAUCCUUGAUGGCUUUUGAGGGUCAUAUGUAUCCCAUUGAUCCAUCAUGGCAUGUAGCCGGAUUAGGUGAAAGACCCCCAAAAGUUUUCUCCACGGAGAUCCUCGAAGAUGCUGCGGUCGUACAUUUCAGUGGCCCGGCAAAGCCAUGGCUCGAGAUCGGGUCGCCAGAGGUACGAAACAUAUGGAAUAAACAUGUAAAUUUCUCAAACAAGUUUAUUAAAAGAUGUAGAAUAAUGGAGUGAGGAAAACAAAGUUUGUCUCACUCUAGCACUAAAUUAUUCAUUUUGGGAUUAGAUACCAAAUGAAGAAGAUAUAGUCUGAGAUAAGAGGGAAGAAGGUUUUGCCUUCAGUCUCUUCCCAGACUAAUCUCUACAAAAAUAUGAAAUAUUGGUUAAAUUAUGUCCAUACUAUUACUAGGUAAUAGAUGAAGGUAGCCAUUAGCCAAUGCAAUAUUACACAAUACAAUUCAGAUCAGUCUUACAACCUCGAGGAUAUAAAUUAUAUAUGAUCAUGGAUGUAACUAUCUACAACUUUGUAUAUCAAUUUAAUAUCAUAUUUUAGAUACCGAGUAUUGUUGUAUUAACUUUGUUUGAUGCUGUUAUGAAAAUUGUUGGCGACUCUGCCAUAGA